UCGGGAUUGGUGGGAACUAAUCCAGGGCUCAGAUUACUUCACUGAAGCGGAGACGCAUUCCAGGCAGAAACAAAUAUUUGUGCUGUAAUCUAUACCGCAUGGAUAGUUCUAGUUAGCGCCACAUUAUUUGCCUGAAGCCUUGAAAUAGCAAACAGGUCAAUCCCGUGGCGUUAUUCUUCUGCCAUUCACGUUUACGCGACACAGUCACUCAUAAGAACUGCAGCGACAGUUUAUAUAUAAACCUCCUGUGCAUUUCACUGCACGUUAAUGUGAUUAUUCAGCCGGUGCCACGUUGUAGGUCCUAGGAAACUGCUUAAAUCUAAGAGUACAGUCAUGCUGCGUCUCGUGAGGAGCCAGGGCAGAGGGUUUAGGGUCUGCAUGUGCUGUCAGCGGAGGUCUCAGCAUCACCAUCAUCACCAGCAGAAUCAUAAGAGCGUCGUAGCCAUUCGGCGCGAGGAUGUCAACGUGUGGGAGAGACGUGCGCCCCUGGCACCACGACAUGUCAGGGAGAUGACAGCGGCUGGACACAAGGUGCUCGUGCAGCCCUCCAACAGACGGGCCAUCCAUGACAGAUACUAUGAAAAAGCAGGUGCUGUUAUCCAGGAGGACAUCUCAGAGGCGUCUCUCAUCAUCGGUGUGAAAAGGCCCCCGGAGGAAAAGGUGUACCCCCGCAAGACCUAUGCCUUCUUCUCUCACACAAUUAAAGCACAAGAGCCAAACAUGGGGCUCCUGGACGACCUUCUUAAAAAGGAAGUUCGACUCAUUGAUUAUGAAAAAAUGGUGGAUGCCAAUGGCUUCAGAAUUGUAGCGUUUGGACAGUGGGCUGGUGUUGCCGGAAUGAUUAAUAUUUUACACGGUCUGGGCCUGCGUUUUCUUGCCCUUGGACACCACACCCCAUUUAUGCACAUUGGUAUGGCACACAACUACAGAAACGUCAGCCAGGCCAUCCAGGCAGUGAGGGAUUGUGGUUACGAAAUAUCCUUAGGUCUGAUGCCCAGGUCCAUAGGUCCUCUCACAUUUGUGUUCACUGGCACCGGCAAUGUGUCCAAGGGUGCCCAAGAAAUUUUCAGUGAGCUGCCCUGUGAGUACGUGGAACCUCAUGAAUUGAAAGAAGUCUCUGAGAGUGGAGACAUGUCCAAAGUGUACGCCACAGUGAUCAGCAGACAUCACCACCUGAUGAGAAAGAGUGACGGAGUCUACGACCCCCUGGAGUAUGAACACCAUCCUGAGCUUUACACGUCUAACUUCAGGAAGGCCGUGGCCCCUUACACAACCUGCCUGAUAAACGGCAUAUACUGGGACCCUCACACGCCCAGACUGCUGCGGCGACUGGACGCCCAGCGGCUGAUCAGACCUGUUAUACCUGCGUCGUCAUCACCUGAUCACGGCUGCCCUGCACUUCCCCACAAGUUCUUGGCCAUUUGUGACAUCUCUGCGGACACGGGCGGCUCCAUUGAGUUCAUGACAGAGUGUACCACUAUUGAGAAACCCUUCUGCAUGUAUGAUGCCAACCAGCAUAUUGACCAUGACAGCGUGGAAGGUAACGGCAUUCUCAUGUGCUCCAUCGAUAACCUACCCGCCCAGCUGCCUAUUGAGGCGACUGAGUAUUUUGGUGACCGGCUGUUCCCUUACAUCUGGGAGAUGCUCCCAUCAGACGCAACCAGACCGCUAGAGGAAGAGGAUUUCUCUCCACAAGUCAGAGAUGCUGUAAUUACGUCCAACGGGAAGUUAACGCCUAAGUUUGAAUACAUUCAGAAACUUCGAGAAAGAAAGGAAUCGGAGCAGAUCCUAAAGAAAGGAGGAAUGAAGCGGGUGCUGUUGCUGGGCUCAGGCUAUGUGUCUGGGCCAGUUAUCGAGUAUCUCACCAGGGACGCUGGCACCCAGGUCACAGUGGCUUCAAAUCUGUUGCAUCAGGCUGAGGACAUGGCAGCCAAGUAUCCCAACACCAUCGCCGUGAUGCUGGACAUCACCAGCCAGAAAGGCCACCUCGAGUCUCUGAUCAAAGACCACGACAUCGUCAUCAGCAUGCUGCCGUACGCAUUUCAUUCACAAGUAGCCAAGCACUGCAUUAAAAUGAAGGUGAACAUGGUGACCGCCAGUUACAUGAGCCCCGCCAUGAAGGAGCUUCAGAAGAGUGCCGAAGAUGCUGGCAUCACCAUCGUCAAUGAGAUGGGUCUGGACCCUGGCAUUGAUCACAUGUUGGCCAUGGAGUGCAUCGACCAGGCCAAGGCAGACGGUUGCACUGUGGAGUCUUACAGCUCUUUUUGUGGUGGUCUUCCUGCUCCAGAGUGCUCAGACAACCCACUGCGUUAUAAGUUUAGCUGGAGUCCGUAUGGUGUCCUGCUCAACACCAUCAGUCCAGCCAUCUAUCUGAAAGACAACCAGGUUGUCAGUGUUCCUCCUGGCGGUGCUCUCCUGGAUGUCACAAAGCCCAUGGACUUCAUGCCUGGUUUCAACCUGGAGGCCUUUCCCAACCGAGAUAGCACCACGUACGCCCAGCCGUAUGGGAUUGAGUCCGCACACACGCUGAUCAGAGGAACUCUGCGCUUCAAGGGCUUCUCCUCUGCAAUGAGUGGCUUUGUGAAACUGGGACUUAUCAACACUGAGCCGUGUCCACUGUUGGACCACACAGCUUCUCCUCUCUCAUGGAAAGAGCUUCUCUGUAAGCUGACCGGCUUAUCCGCAACUGAGAGCAACAGUGCCUUUGAGGACGCUGUUUAUGAGCGGAUCGGCAAGGACGACUUCAGAAUGCAGAGCCUCAGAUUGCUCGGGAUGCUCAGUGAAGAGCCGGUUCCUCACGCCGACACCAUCUUAGCAGCGCUUGCUAAGCACCUGGAGGCCAAACUCUCCUUUGCUAAAGGCGAGCGCGAUAUGAUCAUCAUGAGGAACGAUGUUGGAAUCAGACACCCAACAGGCGAACUGGAGACCAAACACAUCAGUCUGGUGGUUUACGGGGAUCCCAAUGGAUACUCAGCCAUGGCCAAAACUGUGGGCUACCCUGCAGCCAUCGCAGCCCAUAUGGUGCUCAACGGUGAGCUGACUACUAAAGGACUCGUGGUGCCGAUGACGAAGAACAUCUACAGCCCAGUGCUGAAGAGACUGCAGGAGGAGGGGCUCCGGUGCAUCACUAAGAGCACCAUAUCAGAGUAACCCUGCAUACACACCGUCAUCUCAUUCUCACUCAUUCUGUGCCACACGUCUGUAAUGAAACCGGUAGCAGUCGGUUGUUUCCGAAACAUCCAUUACUGCACAUAUUCCACAAUGAACGGUUGCAGAUCAUUAACUUGAUCUGCGGAUGAUCCAACGGUUAGUACUUUUGUUUUCAAACUUGAAUCUGAAAGUAGAUUAAGAGAAUCUGUAAGAUUUGUAUUAACUGAAAAUGAGUUCAUUUUUAUCCGUGUUGUCAUAAAGCAGGAGCCUUAGACUUUUGACAGUGUAAAUAGACUCCCACAAAGCACUUUGACACGAAACUGUCUAGUUUCCGCUUUCUGCCAUUGAAAAUGAACUUUAUACACCGUCAGUAUUUACCUACCCUUGUACUCAAAGGGUUUAAACAUGAACAUCUGCCUCAAUCGAGUUCAAAACAAGAAGCAGCGUCAUAUUUAUGCAAACAUGAUGUCAUGUUGAAUACUACUGAUUCAGUUCCCCAUUUUCUGUAAGGCUUUACCAUGUUGACAAAAUAAUUUUCCUUGUAUGUGAAACUUGGCAUUGUAGUGAAUUAUUUUAAAUAACUUUUCUUGAAUCUGUUUUUUUUUUUUUCACAUUCAGACAUUAAUGUAAACCUUCAUUGGGUAAUGUGACUCAAAAAUAAUUUCUACGCCAUUUUAAGCAUAGCAUGUCCAAAGAGUUGUUUUAAAACUAGCAUUUGUCCAAUAAAAGAUUUGCGUUUUCUUGCA